AUGUCUUCUCCAAAAUUCCUCAAGAACGUCGCCAUUGUUGGCGCUGGCGGCAACUCCGGCAAGUUCAUGGCCGAGGCCCUCGUGGCUGGAGGCAAGCACACCGUGACCGCAAUCACCCGUCAUGAGAGCAAGAGCCCUAUCCCGUCCGGCGUUCAAGUUGCCAAAGUCGACUACGAUGACCACGAAUCUCUCGUCGCCGCUCUCAAAGGUCAAGAUGCAUUGAUCAUUACCCUUGGGGUCACGGCACCUCACGAUCAGCAACGUCGUCUGUUGCGUGCUGCCGCCGAAGCGAAGGUACCUUGGGUUCUCCCGAACGAAUGGUCUCCGGAUACCGAGGACGAGGGCGUCGUCAGGGACGUUCGCGCAUUUACCGAUCGACCAAAGAUUCGAGAGGAGAUUGCCGCCGAGGGCAAGCUGGCUUACAUUUCCGUGACCACCGGCUUUUGGUACGAAUGGAGUGUACCGAUUCCCAGCGCCUUUGGCUUCGACAUCGACAAUCGCACUGCCACACUAUUUGACGAGGGCGAGACACCCAUCUCCGUCUCCACCUGGCCUCAGAUCGGUCGUGCCGUCGCCGCCCUUCUGAGCCUCCCUUCGGAUAAGCUUGAGGCGUAUCGCAACAAGCAGGUCUACAUCAACUCCUUCACGAUUACGCAAAAGGAGAUGCUGGCCUCUUUGCAGCGUGUUACUGGCACCAGCGAAUCAGACUGGACCAUUAUCAAGCAGUCGGUCACUGAGCGCUAUUCCCAAGGCCAAGUCGAGCUAGGCAAAGGAGACCGCGUAGGCUUCGUGAAGAUGAUGUAUUCUCGUAUCUUCUUCCCCGAUGGCAAUGGCAAUUUUGAGAAGCGUCGUGGUCUUGCGAAUGCCGCAUUGGGUCUGCCGAAGGAGGAUCUGGAUGAAGCUACUAAGCGAGCCACGGACAGAGGAAGUGCGGCCUAUCGAACUUCCGCUUAA